CUCCCCUUAUUAUCUCAUGCUGUUUAGUCUCACUUUCUCUUAGCUAUUAAAACAGAUCACUUCAAACCACAACUGCAGUACAGUCGAUAGAAAAUAAUCCUACAGCUGCAGAAUCCAUGUUGGAACACAGAGUGGCACACAAUAUGAAGUACUACACAGUUGAGACUGGCAAUACUUUGGAUUCUCAUAUUCAGUUUAUGAGACGACUCAACAACACCACAAGAUGUUUUACGGAAGUCGAGUCGCCAGUGGAGAGUGAUGUCAUCAUGGCUUUCUGUCCCAUCGUCUCCCGCGCCGGGACUGAUAUUGAAGCAGCACUGCAACAGAUUCCAAUGGGUAAAUAUGUCAUUCUGGUAGUGCUGCAUCACACCUUCAACCCAGACUACACUGUACCUGACAGCAGCAGACUAGUGACCAGAAGUGAUGUAAUACUCACAGUGGACUGUCUGUUCCAUGAGAGCCAGGGACUACUGGACUGUCCUCACAAUGAUGCAGCAGUCAGAAAUAUUAGGCAGAAGUUUGACACAGUGGACUGUCUGUUCCAUGAGAGCCAGGGACUACUGGACUGUCCUCGCAAUGAUGCAGCAAUCAGAAAUAUUACGCAGAAGUUUGACACAGUGGACUGUCUGUUCCAUGAGAGCCAGGGACUACUGGACUGUCCUCACAAUGAUGCAGCAGUCAGAAAUAUUAGGCAGAAGAUUGACAUAGAUCCUGUGGCCAGAAAUCGUGACUGUCUAGCUUGGAUUCUAAACGCUGCCAUGGUGUUACUGUCUUUAUGCUGCAACUGCCCUUGUGUGGUGUUUUCUUACAUGAUGGGGCUCAUCUCAGGCAAAAAUCCAUGUCCCUUUGCAAGACCUCAUUCCAGAAAUGAAGACUAUUUACAUUUGGCCCAACUAUGAACAUGUGAUAAUAUAUAGUGUGACUCCUGUAAACGUGAUGAUCAAUUCCCUUAGAGAACAAAUGUUAUGGAUUACAUCUUUAAUUGCACGUCAUUUAGGCCUACUUGAGAAAGUACAGAUCAUUUACAGUGGUAAUGUAUGGAAUUAGGCCUGGCUGUAUCAAUGUAACAAUAAUAUGGAAAU